AUGAAUGUGAUUCUGUGUGUCCUCGGUGAGAUUCUCCUGGGAGGAGCACCUGCUGAGGCUGUGUAUGAGAGGACAGCCGUAGAGGACAAGGUGGGGCCUGAGGAGACGCUGGGUAGAGUGCAGCAUGGCUCUCCUUCACUCGUUCAGGGGCCACAGUACCCCAGGAGCAUCAGUACCCCAGGAGCACUGGUACCCCGGGAGCAUCAGUACCCCAGGAGCACAGUACCCCAGGAGCCCCAGUACCCCAGGAGCAUCAGUACCCCAGGAGCUCUGGUACCCCAGGAGCACUGGUACCCCAGAGCCACAGUACCCCAGGAGCACAGUACCCCAGGAGCACAGUACCCCAGGAGCAUCAGUACCCCAGGAGCUCCAGGACCCCAUGAGCCCCAGUACCCCAGAGCCCCAGUACCCCAGGAGCAUCAGUACCCCAGGAGCAUCAGUACCCUAGGAGCUCCAGUACCCCAGGAGCUCCAGUACCCCAGGAGCACAGUCCCCAGAGCCACAGUACCCCAGGAGCACUGGUACCCCAGGAGCACUGGUACCCCAGGAGCACUGGUACCCCAGGAGCACUGGUACCCCAGGAGCACUGGUACCCCAGGAGCACUGGUACCCCAGGAGCACUGGUACCCCAGGAGCACUGGUACCCCAGGAGCACUGGUACCCCAGGAGCACCGGUACCCCAGGAGCACUGGUACCCCAGGAGCAUCAGUACCCCAGGAGCACAGUACCCCAGGAGCACCAGUACCCCAGGAGAUCCAGUACCCCAGAGCCAUAGUACCCCAGGAGCCCCAGUGCCCCAUGAGCCCCAGUACCCCAGGAUCAUCAGUACCCCAGGAGCACUGGUACCCCAGGAGCAUCAGUACCCCAGGAUCAUCAGUACCCCAGGAGCACCAGUACCCCAGGAGCACCAGUACCCCAGGAGCCCCAGUACCCCAGGAGCCACAGUACCCCAGGAGCACUGGUACCCCGGGAGCAUCAGUACCCCGGGAGCACCAGUACUCCAGGAGCACUGGUACCCCAGGAGCACAGUACCCCAGAAGCACUGACUGGCUGACACCGUUUGCACCAGGCUGGCUCCUGGUGAGGCCCUGGGGCCAGCUGAUCUGUACCUCUGCCAUUGCUGAGGUUACAGACAUGUGCUGCUGUGCCCAGCUUUCCGAGGGUUCUGGACAUCUAAACCCAGGUCCUCACGCUUGCGCAGCCAUCAUUGUAUCCACUGAGCUGGUCCCUGUGCCCUGA